AUUGAUAUCGACUUAAUUAGCAUACAGCGACUUUCUAAGUUGCAUCAUAACGAAAAGAUUAAAUGCUUGUUAAAUCUAUUUAGUUAUUUGCGCGUAAUGUCGCGAUAACGACGCGCUUUUUAUUAUAUACGAAAGUAAAAAUGGCUCAGAAGAAAUUUCAACAAAAUAAUAAAAAUGUAGAUUUUAUUAGAAACAACUUUACUACGUUAGACGAUUAGACAAAAGCUCACAGAGCACAAAGAGAUGAUUUUUUUUUUUUUAUUAAUUUACAUUUCCGGCCGGUCGAAAUUAUUUCUUCUUUCGUCACCUUUGCUCGUUUAAAAAGUUUUAAUGAAUCCAAAGACGUGAGACGAAAUGUAUUUUUCCGCUCAAACGACUCUCGUUUUUAUUUUUAACACGAAAAGAAAGGAAAAGCGGACGUCUUUGAGUGACAGCCGCCGCAGCCAAUCAGCGGCCUGGGAACUCUGACGCGCGGGGCGCGGGGCGCAACUUUUCAGCCAAUCGGCGCGCGGCACGCUGACACGUGCCAGUUUCGCGGCAAAAAAGAUUUGGCGCGUAAACCUCAGAGCAGUUUCCGAUCAGCUGGAACAAAAAAACACAACAAUAACAGAAGCGAUUCCGGGCGCGGGGACUCUCGGGCCGCAUCUUUCGUCUCUUUCAACGGAUUCGUGCGAGAAAUGAGCGACAGUCUGGACUUUGUUUGGAGUGAAUGACAAUACUUCCUGUAUGGAGUCGUUAAAAAGGACAAAAGCGGAGGAUACUUUGGAUUAAAGUGCCAGAUGAGAGCAGGAACCGCACUUGGGCUUUGUUCCGCAUCCGGAUCGGGUUAUAUUAUUAUAUUUAAUUCCUCUAAAGCCUGUUUACUAACAUAAUAUCACGCUUCAAUCGCGCUCAAGUAAAAACAAACUCGCGCCGUGUGGAAUAAUAUCCCGACUUAUGCACUUUAGAGAUUGAAAUCGCAUCGCUGUUAGUGUGCGACGAUGCUUAUUCACGCUAUGUGUUGCGCUUUUCAAAUGCACUUCCUUUUUAAGCAACUCUAAACUCGCGAUGCGUGCGAAAUACGGCUUAAGCGCGUUUAUGAACGACACGCGUGAUCUUAAACCCAACUUGCAUUGAUCCGGAGUGGGUUUUUGCGUCGCGAGCCGAAGUUGACCUACAUCCUGCCCUUGCUGUGGUUCGGGAGUCUCACCCACAUGCUCGGUCAAGGCCUGCUUUUAACAUGGCCCGCCCAGCCGUGCGCGCUGUUUGAGACCCAACCGGUUUCCAUGCACUGAAAGCCACAAGGAUAGCAGCUGAACCCAGAGACUAAGCGACCCCCCCUCCCCUCUACCCCGAUAUGUCUGAGAGUUUUAUAUCGGGUCAGACCUCGGAGGACCUGCUGGCAGAUUUUGAGUCCCUCUUGAACAAUGGCAGCAUCGACCUCGGUGAGGAGCACCAGAUCGUGAUCAUCUCCACCCCGGGCACGGCCUCGACCAGCGCCGCCGGAGACAUCUUGUUGUUUGCCACCCCUCACCACACCGCCACCGCCACCGCAAUCCUGCCCGACCACCGGAGACCCACUUUGGGACGCCCUCCGGUGAAGAGGAAGUUGGAUUUGGACAGCGAUCAUCAGUACAUCUGCACGUCCAGACCCGCUUCCCAUGGACCGGCGCCUCCAGCCACUCCCGCGCCUCCCAGAGUGCCUAAAGCGGCGACGGAGAAGUCUCGCUACGACACGUCUCUGAACCUGACCACCAAGCGCUUCCUGGAUCUCCUGGCUCAGUCUCCGGACGGCGUGGUGGACCUCAACUGGGCCUCUCAGGUGCUGGACGUCCAGAAGCGGCGCAUCUACGACAUCACCAACGUCCUGGAGGGCAUCCACCUGAUCUCCAAGAAGUCCAAGAACAACAUCCAGUGGCUGGGGAACCGCAUCGACGGCGCGUCCGUGGCCAGGUUUCAGGCGCUGCAGAGGGAGGUUUCUGAGCUGACGGAGGCCGAGGAGAAACUCGACGAGCUCGUUAACAAAUGCAGCUUACAGCUGCGGCUCCUCACGGAGGACACGCACAACAAGAAGCUGGGAUACGUUCGGUGUCAGGACCUGCGUAACACCGUGAACCCGCCGGACCAGAUCAUCAUGGUGAUUCGAGCUCCGCCCGAGACACAGAUGCAGGUGUCUGAACCCAGCGAGGGUUACCAGAUUUCUCUGAAGAGCUCUAAGGGCCCGAUCGAUGUGUUUCUGUGUCCUGAGGACAGUUCUGGGGUCUGUAGUCCAGUCACUGAUUGUAGUCCGGCGAAAUCAUCCAAUCAGAGCCCCCCGCAGUCUGAUUCCAUCUCGCAGGAAGUGACAUCAUCGACACCGACUACUCUCCCUAGCUCCUCCCCUUUGCCUUUGUGUGCAGAAUCAGAGUCAUUUCUGGACUCGGACCCGUUUUCGGGCAUUUGUGAGAUGCCAGAUUUCGAUUUGUCCCCGCUGGACUCGUCUGACUUCCUCCUGGAGCGGGGUCCGGCCGACGGCAUCCCCCUCCCGCUGGACGGCUUCAUCUGUCUGUCUCCGCCGCACAACCAGGACUAUCACUUCGGUCUGGAGGAGCACGAAGGCGUCAGCGAGCUGUUUGACUGCGACUUCGGAGACCUCGGGCCCCUGGAGUUCUGACGGAUCCGCUUUCUCAGUGUGAACGGGAAUCUGAUUCCACUUCGCUUUUAGAUCCGGAUUCGCUCGGAAGGGCUCUGAGCAGCGCCAUUUAAUUUAUUAAUAGAAAUGAGUCACCUUUUAAAGGAAUCGUUUACCUAAAAAUGAGAUUUGGAGGAAUGUAGCAUUAUAUCGCUCGCUCGGCAGUGGAUGUGAAUGGGUGCCGUCAGAAUGAGAGUCCGGACAGCUGAUAAAAACACAAUUAAAAUAAUCCAGUCCAUCAGUUAAUAUCAUCUAAAGUCAAAGGUAGCAUGUUUGUGAAAGGAAGAAGAAAUAAAAACCGUAA